AUGGGUCCCGAGAUUAAUCACCAUCCUCUCUCACGCGCAGAUGGAUCCGUCAGCUUUUCAAACAACCUCUACACCAUCCUCGCAGCCGUCAAUGGUCCAGUCGAAGUACAGCGGCGCGAUGAGCUGCCCGAAGAGGCCGCUAUUGAAGUCAAUAUCAGACCAGUUGCAGGUGUGGGAGGGCCAAGAGAGCGAUGGCUUGAAAGCGUGGUGACUGCGGUGCUCAGAAGUGUACUUCUUGUGCACAUGCACCCGAGGACGCUCAUACAGAUCACCUUACAGAUUACCAAGCUGCCGACGCAGAAGUUGCGAGGUGCUUGGAAAGACGUCUCAGUGCUACCGGCUCUGGUCAAUGCAGCGUUCCUCGCGCUUGCUGAUGGCGGCUUGCCUAUGCAGAGCACCGUAACUGCCGAGCUCUUCACAAUUUCUGAGGACGGCGAGAUCCAUGCCAGCUCAGCCGAAGGGGACCUUUCCGCGUGCACUGGGGCUUUCGCUCUUGCGUACAAUCAACACGGCGAGAUGCUGAUGAAUGAGUCUGCGGGCAACUUCUCUCUUGAGGCUUGGGAGAAAGCCGGCGAUACCGCGGCGAAGUUCUGC